AACACUGGAGAAGAGAGACACAUAUGGCUUGUGACCCGGGAGACUGCAAUCUAGAAGAGAGGUUAUAAUAAUAAACGCUUAUAUAGAAUGUGCUGCUGAGUACUGUGAGAAGCCCCUUCAGGGUUGGUGGGUGGAAUAAACAGGGAUGGAAAUGAAGGCGCCUAACUCUUUGUCUUACUUAGGUGACAUUCUGCAGACUUCGGACUCACCAGUGGUGUUUCAUUCUGUUUAAUGUCGUACUGUUUCAUGCCUUGCUCUUUGGAGCUGACUUUGUGCAGAAUACUUUUUACGGUCUUUGCCUCAUGUCGAUAUCAAAAUUCUUGAAAUUAAGAACAAGGCAAGAAAACUGAACAUGGAAUCUGUAAGAAGCAAUCUUUCCAAGUAUUAUGUUCUGAGCCAGCCGGAGGCAUGUAAUGGGAAAACCAUCUUCCUGCUCUCUCUUAUCUUCAGUAGCCCAGAGAAUGGAACAAGACGGGAGCUCAUCAGGAAAACCUGGGGUAGUGUGACCAGUGUCCAAGGAUAUCCAAUUCUCACACUGUUUGCUCUGGGAAUGCCAGCUCUGUUAACUACCCAGGAAGAAAUAGACAUAGAGUCUCGGAAGAAUAACGAUAUCAUUGAAGGGAUCUUCUUGGACAGUUCUGAAAACCAAACCCUGAAGGUCAUCUCAAUGACUCAGUGGGCUGUGGCCUUCUGUCCUAAUGCCCUGUUCAUCCUCAAAGUUGAUGAAGAAAUGUUUGUCAAUCUACCAGGCUUGGUAGACUAUCUCCUCAGUCUAAAAGAACACUUGGAAGGUAUCUAUGUAGGAAGGGUUAUUCACCAGGAUAUACCUAACAGAAACCCCCACAGCCAAGAAUUUGUUCCUCUUAGUGAGUACCCAGAAAAAUAUUACCCAGACUACUGCAGUGGUGAGGCCUUUAUAAUGUCCCAAGAUGUGGCUCAGAUGGUGUAUGUGGUAUUGAAUGAAGCACCUAUAAUGGUACCUGCUGAUGUAUUUGUAGGGAUCUGUGCUAAGCUGGUUGGCCUUAUACCCAUCCACAGCUCAAGGUUUUCUGGGAAAAGACACAUUGUGUAUAACAGAUGUUGCUACAAGUUCAUCUUUACAUCUUCAGAAGCUACGGAUGCUGAAACAUCCCUGGCAUGGAGAGAAAUGAAUGAUGGGAAAGAGUGUUCAUUGUUUGAGACUUACUAUGGGCUCAUUUCCUGCAAACUUCUGACAUACCUCAACAGCUUUAGACGUUUUCGUGUGGGGACUGUGCAAGGCAGUGCUGUGCACUUUGGUGAAUAGUAGUCACUUGCUUUCCUUUUAAGUCUCUUGUUUUUAAAUUGCUGUUGGCCCAUUAUAGAAAGCAACUCUAUGUCCCCAAGUCAUGGAGCAAUCUGAAUCAUUAUUCAUACCUAGCAAAACCACAAAAUGUUCUUAGUGCUCUGAUGUACCCAAUCUUGACACCUUGUUUUUGAUGUUUUAAGACAUUUAGAUUAGUAUGGUGUGAUUCUUUUCAAAAUAAAAUCUUUCAGAAAAGAGAGAACAUUAGCCAGGUGGUGGUGGCACACACCUUUAAUCCC